UUUCUCAAACCCCUUAUUUCAUACUUGAUAUUACUUGAAUACUUGUAUAGUUGUAUAUGGUAACAUUAUUUCAACCCAAACCUUAAUAAUACAAUCUCAGUUCUACACCCCUUUUGUUAACUAUAUACUAUAAUGGCUUCCUUCAUGAAGUCAACAAAAUUUGUGACGUUUAUCAUUUUUUCGGUCCUUCUUUGCUACGACGUCGUUCAGAUUCAAGCUUCUCACCAUGUCUCUAUGCACCUUCAAACUUCGGCCCUUUCUCAAUCCCCUCGGCCUCUUUAUCAACCUUAUCGGACUGCUUACCAUUUUCAACCAGUUAAAAAUUGGAUUAAUGGACCAAUGGUAUACAAAGGAAUAUACCACUUAUUCUAUCAGUACAACCCCAAUGGUGUAAUUUGGGGUCCUCCAGUUUGGGGUCACUCAACAUCAAAAGAUCAAGUCAACUGGACCCCACAACCCUUAACCAUGAAACCAGAAAUGGCAGCCAAUCUUCAUGGAAGUUGGUCAGGUUCAGCUACAAUCCUCCCAGGAAACAAACCAGCAAUUCUCUUCACAGGAAUAAUCAACACACAAAAUUACCAAGUACAAGUUUUAGCCUCCCCUAAAAACUUAUCUGACCCUUAUCUUAAGGAAUGGUAUUUAGCCCCCCAAAACCCAGUCAUGUACCCUACCCCACAAAACCAACUCAAUGCCAGCUCAUUCCGUGACCCCACAACCGCUUGGAUGCUGCCAGAUGGCAAAUGGAGAGUCCUUGUUGGAAGUAAAAGAGGACAGCGUGGCAUGUCUUUAUUAUAUAGGAGUAAAGAUUUUGUUAAUUGGGUUUUAGCUAAACAUCCUUUAUAUUCUUAUAAACUUAGUGGUAUGUGGGAAUGUCCUGAUUUUUACCCUGUUUAUGGUAGUGGUAAAAAAACAGGUGCUGAAACUUCUGAAAUUGGAUCACAUGUUAAACAUGUUAUGAAAGUUAGUUUAGAUUUAACUAAACAUGAUGUUUAUACAAUUGGAGAUUAUGAUGUUAAAAAAGAUGCAUAUAAGCCUGAUGUUGGUUACAUGAAUGAUUCGAGUUUAAGGUAUGAUUAUGGAAAGUAUUAUGCUUCUAAGACAUUUUAUGAUGAUACUAAAAAGGAAAGGAUUUUGCUUGGUUGGGUUAAUGAAUCUUCUAGUGUGAAGGAUGAUACUAUAAAAGGAUGGUCCGGAAUUCAUACAAUUCCAAGGAGAAUUUGGCUUGAUAAAUCAGGAAAACAGUUGAUUCAAUGGCCAAUUGCAAAUAUUGAAAAAUUGAGAUAUAACCCAGUUAAGUUAGAUGGUAAAGUCAUCAAAGAAGGAUCAUUACUUGAAGUUUCUGGCAUUACUGCAGCACAGGCAGAUGUAGAAAUAUCAUUCAAAAUCAAGGACUUGAAGAAUGUUGAAAAGUUUGAUCCAAGUUGGAGCAACCCACAAUUGCUUUGCAGCAAAAAUGGGGCUUCAGUCAAAGGUGGGCUUGGACCUUUUGGAUUGUUGACUUUGGCUUCUAAGGGAUUGGAAGAGUACACAGCUGUUUUCUUCAGAAUUUUCAAAGACUAUGAUAACAAAUUUAAGGUCCUUAUGUGCAGUGACCAAAGCAGGUCUUCUUUAAAUCCAACAACAGACAAAACAACUUAUGGAACAUUCGUUGAUGUAAAUCCUAUUGAUGAAGGACUAUCAUUGAGAGUUUUGAUUGAUCACUCAGUGGUGGAAAGCUUUGGAGCAAGAGGGAAGAAUGUUAUAACAGCAAGAGUGUAUCCCAUCUUGGCAGUCUUUAAGAAGGCUCAUUUAUAUGUCUUCAAUGGAGGAAAAUCAAAUGUUCAGAUCACUGGAUUAACUGCUUGGAGCAUGAAGAAAGCUCAAAUUGCUUAAUUAUUAAUUCAUUCAAAACCAAGAUUUCGUUUUAUUUAAACACAAAAUAUAUAAAUGUUGAUAUUCUUUUAUCUUGCAUUUAUAAACUUCAUACUAAGGUUUUUUACUUUGGUUGAGCUUUGAAGAGUGAAACGAGACUAUAUAUAUUUCCUCCAUUCCAUAAUACUUGCUACUGAGUGUGCACUAUUAAUAGCAAGUAUUAUGAAACGGAGGAAGUACGUAGGAGUUAUCAACAUACUUUUGUAAUGUCUAGAAUAGACUCGAUUAAAGGAAAAUGUCAAUGCAUUAUCUUCUUUAAUAAAAUCAUUUUGUUUCUCGACAGAGUAUAUAUAUUA